AUUUAACGAGAGGAAAAUAGCUUCGCCGACUUUGUUCUAACAAAGGUGGAUAAAAUCAGAUAAUUUGCAGAAAAUGAUGCAACCACAGCAUAAUCAGCAUAGAUAUCCUCAACCAGGGCCACCUGUCAGACCAUUCCAACAGCCGGGAUACCCCGGGGGACCUCCUAGACCUGGUGGUUAUGGACCUGGGCCACAAAUAGGACCUGGGGGCCCAAGGAUGAUGAGUCAUGGGGCAAUGCCACCACAUCCAUAUGCAGGAGGAUCCCCCAGUUCUAAAAAUGCUCGGUCUGAGAAAUCCAAGGACAGUUCGGCUCGUGAUAAGGGUAAAGAAACAUUAGCUGCUAUGCGCCCUGGGAUGUCCCCUGGCAUGCCUCCCCCACCACACGGGAUGCAGACCCCACAUGGAAUGGACAGGAAGCGCCCACCAGACCCCAGAGGAACUCCCCAACAAAUGAAACAGGCAAAGAAGAAAAAAAAAGUAGCAGACAAGAUUCUUCCACAGAGGGUGAGGGAUUUAGUCCCGGAGUCUCAAGCCUACAUGGAUCUGCUGGCUUUUGAGAGGAAGCUGGAUGCUACUAUUAUGAGAAAAAGACUAGAUAUUCAGGAAGCUCUGAAACGCCCAAUGAAGCAAAAGAGAAAGUUACGAAUUUUCAUUUCCAAUACAUUUUACCCGGCAAAAGCUGAAGGGGAGGACGGAGAUGAGACUGUUGCAUCCUGGGAACUUAGAGUGGAAGGGAGGCUACUAGAAGACGCAGCCAGUGCUAAGUUGAAUGAUACCAGUAAAAUGAAAAGGAAGUUCUCCUCUUUCUUUAAGAGUUUGGUGAUAGAAUUAGACAAGGAACUCUACGGUCCAGAUAACCAUCUGGUAGAGUGGCAUAGGACUCCUACAACACAAGAGACAGAUGGAUUUCAGGUCAAACGUCCAGGGGACCAAAAUGUUAAAUGCACUGUCCUUUUGAUGCUUGACUAUCAGCCACCCCAGUUUAAGUUAGACCCACGGUUGGCUCGUAUCUUAGGCGUACAUACUCAGACUCGCCCAGUGAUUAUCAAUGCCCUUUGGCAGUACAUUAAAACACACAGUCUACAGGAUCAUCAUGAGAGGGAGUACAUCAACUGUGACAAGUACCUGGAACAGAUAUUUGAGUGCAAGAGAAUGAAGUUUGCUGAGAUACCAGGGAAGCUUCACAGUCUAUUGAUGCCACCAGACCCGAUAGUGAUCAACCAUGUCAUAACUGUUGAAGGUCCAGAUGCCAGAAAGACAGCAUGUUAUGAUAUUGAUGUAGAAGUGGAUGAUACAUUGAAACAACAGAUGAAUUCUUUCCUCCUGUCAACAGCAAGCCAACAUGAGAUAGGCUCACUAGAUUCUAAGAUACAUGAAACGGUGGAAACCAUUAAUCAGCUGAAAACUAACAGAGAAUUCUUCUUAAGUUUUGCUAAGGAUCCACAGGAGUUUAUAAACAACUGGUUAAUCUCCCAGUCCCGAGAUCUGAAGACCAUGACUGAUGUGGUAGGUAACCCUGAGGAAGAACGACGGGCCGAUUACUACUACCAGCCCUGGUCACAGGAGGCCGUCUGUCGUUACUUCUAUGGCAAGGUCCAGCAGAGAAGGAUGGAGUUGGAACAGGCUCUGGGAAUACGCAAUACAUGAGGCUCUGGGAAUACACAAUACAUGAGGCCUCGUUCUAGUGAUGACUGUACUGUAACGUAUAGAAUACAUUGUGUAAACUUGUGCACUGUUCACAAGGUACAGAAAGGAUUAUAAGGUGCUCAGUGUUGUUUAAACAGCAAAUUGGAAACUAUUUUUGUCAUUAUAAGGAACUGUGUAUUUUAAGUGAAGAUAGUGUAACUGUAUGGACUUAUCUCCUAGUGCAGCCCAAAGGGCACCUGGUCACUUCACAUUGAUCAUUGGGAAUUCAUUGAAUAUUUGUCAUUUUCUUAUUCACUACAGACAAACAAAAUGAGAUUGAAUAAAGUAUGUAAGAGAGACUCGUGUUCUAAAUUGCAACACUUUCUUCAUGUGUAAGAAGGAUAAUUCUGUGUACAUUGUUGUCAUUUAUACUUGUGUCAUUUUCAUUAGUAAAUUGUGAUAAACUAAAUGUACAACAAA